UUCAUUUUUUCUGGCCGGUGGAUGAGUUCAGGCAAAUCUUAUAUAUUUUCAUUAUCAUUAUCCCUUCCUCCCUUUUUUCUUCCUGAUCAAGAAAUUGAGGAACCACAGUUCACAAAACCUGUCUGAAUAAUUAACAACCCAACUCAAAAGGAUUCCAUCUUUAUUUCAUUCUUUGCCUUAAAAAAAUAAUAAAGAUUCGAUCUUUCCACUUUCUUUUUCCAAUUUUUUAAUUCCCACAUAUAAUUGAAGAAAGAGAGACCAAGACAGAGUGGGGAAGUUAACAAGAAACGAUGAGAGCUGGUUUAAGUACGAUCCAACAGACUCUGACGCCGGAAGCCGCCACCGUUUUAAACCAAUCAAUCUCAGAGGCGGCGCGUCGCAACCACGGCCAAACUACACCCCUCCACGUCGCAGCCACUCUCCUCGCUUCACCCUCUGGUUUUCUCCGACGAUCUUGCAUCCGAUCCCACCCCAACUCUUCACACCCUCUCCAGUGCCGAGCCCUCGAGCUCUGCUUCAGCGUGGCCCUCGAGCGUCUCCCCACCGUGACAGCCACUCCGGGAAACGACCCGCCGAUCUCCAACGCGCUUAUGGCGGCGCUGAAGCGAGCGCAAGCUCAUCAGCGCCGCGGGUAUCCGGAGCAGCAGCAUCAGCCGCUGCUGGCGGUUAAAGUGGAGCUGGAGCAGCUCGUUAUAUCGAUACUGGAUGAUCCGAGCGUGAGCCGGGUUAUGCGGGAGGCUAGCUUCUCAAGUCCCGCGGUUAAAGCGACGAUAGAGAAGUCGUUGAGUAACAACAAUACGACGCCGAGUCCAAGCGUUUUGAUGACGCGGAACACGUAUCAGCAGAACACGUCUAAGGCGCAACCAGGGGUGAGUAAAAACGACGACGUUGGGCGGGUGAUGGAUAUAUUGAGUCGGGGGAAGAAGAAGAACCCGGUUUUAGUCGGAGAGUCGGAGCCGGGUCGGGUCGUUCGCGAGGUCCUUAAGAGAAUUGAGAGCGGUGAAGCAGCAGCGAAGAAGGUUGUUAAUUUCGAGGAGAUUGGUACGGACAAGGCGGUGAGGAUCGGGGAGCUUGACGGGUUGCUGGAGACCCGGAUUAAGAAUUCGGAUCCUGGAGGCGGCGGAGGUGUGAUUCUGAAUCUUGGAGACUUGAAGUGGCUCGUGGAGCAACCGAGCUCGACGGUAGGGGGGACGGCGGUGGCGGAGCUGCGGAGGCUUCUGGAGAAAUACGAAGGAAGGCUCUGGUUUGUAGGAACCGCGACGUGCGAGACUUAUUUAAGAUGUCAAGUUUAUCAUCCAUCGAUGGAGAACGAUUGGGAUCUCCAAGCUGUGUCGCUGGCUGCCAAAGCUCCGGCCACCGGAGUUUUUCCCAGGCUUGGGAACAAUUUGGGAUCGUCGGCUCAAUCAUUCACGCCGUUGAAGAGCUUCGUACCUCCGAACAGGACACUGAAGUGUUGUCCGGAGUGUUCACAGAGUUACGAGCGAGAGCUCUCUGAAAUUGAUUCAUUGUCUCAAGAGGUUAAAACAGAAGUAACUCAGCCGAAACAGUUGCCACAAUGGCUAUUGAGUGCUAAACCGCAGGCAAAGAUUGAAGAAGUGCAGAAGAAAUGGAAUGAAGCGUGUGUACGUCUUCAUCCUAGCUUUCACAACAAGAGCGAGAGGAUCGUUCCGGUUCCGGUUCCGAUUCCGAUUCCUAUACCGUUGACAACAAGCUCCUACGGUCCCAACAUGCUUCUACGUCAGCCGUUUCAGUCUAAGUUCCAACCCAACAGAGAGUUGCGUGAGAGGGUGCCCUUGAAACCUAUGAGCUCUUUGCUGCCAGAACAAGCCAAGAAGAAGAUCAGUCCUCCCGGGAGCACGGUUCAGACCGAUCUUGUUCUUGGACGGACAGAGGUUUCGGAGAAGGAAGGGGACGUGCAAGUAAGAGACUUCCUCGGCUGCAUAACCUCCGAAUCAGUCCCUAACAACGACAAGAUCAGUGUGUCUAAUCUCGAAAACUCUCUAGACAUUGAUUUGUUCAAGAAGCUUCUGAAAGGAAUGACAGAGAAAGUCUGGUGGCAGCACGACGCCGCCUCCGCUGUGGCCGCGACCGUUAGUCAGUGCAAGCUAGGGAACGGGAAACGGCGCGGUGUUCUAUCAAAGGGAGACGUGUGGUUACUCUUCUCAGGACCAGACAGAGUCGGCAAAAGAAAAAUGGUCUCUGCUCUCUCUUCUCUUGUAUACGGAACCAGUCCUAUAACAAUCCAGCUCGGGUCGAGACAGGACGGUGGAGAUGUGAGUCAUCAUCAUAACAACCUCCGUGGUAAAACUGUGCUGGAUAGGAUAGCGGAAACGGUUAAGAGGAGUCCGUUCUCUGUUAUCUUGCUUGAAGAUAUCGACGAAGCUGAUAUGUUGCUGCGCGGAAGCAUCAGAAGGGCGAUGGAUAGAGGGAGGAUAGCUGAUUCUCACGGCCGUGAGAUCAGUUUAGGUAACGUGAUCUUUGUUAUGACAGCCAGCUGGCAUCUUUCUGCGAAAACGUGUUUCCUUGAUAGUGAAGCGAAGCUUCGGGACUUGGCGAGUGAAAGCUGGAGUUUGAGGUUGUCUAUGCGGGGGAAACGUAGAGCUAGCUGGCUGUUUAGUAGUGAGGACGAGAGGGGGACGAGUAAACCGAAGAGAGAACACGGUUCCGGUUUAUCAUUCGAUCUAAACCAAGCUGCUGAUACAACAACGGACAAUACCAGCGAUCUAACGACGGAUAACGAUCAAGAGGAGCAAGGUUUUAGCGGGAAGCUGUCUUUACAAUGCGUUCCCUUUGCGUUUCACGAGCUGGUGAGCCGCGUAGACGAUGCGGUGGCGUUCAGGGCGGUUGAUUUCGGAGCGGUGAGACGGAGGAUCUCGGAUACGUUGUCGGAGAGGUUCGUGGCGGUGGUAGGCGAGUCUUUAUCGAUGGAAGUGGAGGACGAGGCGCUUCAGAGAAUCUUGAGCGGUGUGUGGUUAGGGAGGAUGGAGUUAGAGGAGUGGAUUGAGAAGGUGAUUGUUCCGGUUUUGAGUCAGCUUAAGGCUCGAGUGUCGUCUUCUGGUACUUACGGUGAUCGUACGGUUGCUCGGCUCGAGCUAGAUGAAGGUUCCGGUGAACGGAGCGGCGGUGAUAUACUGCCGACGAGUGUUACGUUGGCAAUGUGAGUGAGUUUUGAGACUGAGGAAGGGCAGAGAUGUAAAUAUGUCUCAACUGGUUUUGGCGGGUGGAAAGGGAAACAGUUAGGGGUAAAAACAGUUAAAGAUGUUUAUAGUUCCACAGUCUAGUUUUUGUGUUGAUGUAAGGAGGGGGUGAUAGCAAUUAUAUAUAUUUAUUUGAUUAAUAAAGUUGAAUUAUUUUUUGUA